UUUUAAUCCCCCAAAUUAUAAAUCAAUCGUUUUAAUACAAGAAAAGCACGGACGCUUCGCAAGUCGUGUAAGAAUAGCGCCACAAUGGAUACCACGACUCAGAGUCCACAGGAGCACGAUGCUGCUCUCGAAUACCCCCAGAAAGCUGAUCUACGGACAAUGUUCUCGCAAAAUCCAGUGCCAAACAUCACACCGGGGACCAUGGAACCCGAUAGCAUGUGCGGCGAUGAACCCACCAUUCAAGCCCUUACGUUGCUGAAGACCUUCAAUGAAGCUUUAGCUACUGGAGAUGUUCCAAUGUUGCAAAACUGUUUCUUCCCUGAACAAGCGUACUGGAAAGACCAGCUGGCAUUGACUUGGCACUUGCGAACAUUCAUGACUCCAGCGGUCAUUUCGGCCGCUUUGUUGGAGACGAAGACCCUUAGAGGCAUUGACGGAUCCUUUGAGCUGGACGGUCAGGCUCAUUUCGUACCAGCGACGCCUGUGCUGCAAUUCAUUGACUGUAAAUUUACCUUCCGGACUGGAUCUCCAGCUGCGACUGGCAAUGGGCGGUUAUUGCUUUUGCCCACUACAGCUGACGAGCAGACCCAAGACGACAAGUCAAUCUCAUGGAAGAUCUGGGUUUUGAGUACAAAAGUUGAUAGUUUGGACAUCUGCACCGAAGAUGUGACUCUUCUUCAGUCCCCUGGCCGAGUAUUGCCUUACGCAGCAAGUGUCGACACAGACGUUUUGAUUGUGGGAGGAGGUAAUGGUGCCAUUUCUCUCGCAUCGCGUCUCAAAACACUGGGAGUGGAAAGCAUCAUGAUAGACAGGAAUGCUCAUGUUGGGGACAACUGGGCUUUGAGAUAUGAUUGUAUGCGCUUUCACAUCGCCACCUCGUUUUGCGAGCUGCCUUACAUGCUGUAUGACAAAGAACUACAAUCACCUCAUUUGCUCAGUAAAGAUGAGCUGGCGGAACAGGUCAGAAGCUAUGUCAAGGCUUUCAAUCUCAAUUUCAUCACAUUGGCUGAGAUCAUUGAGACGAUACAGCUACCUGAUGAGCGAUGGAGUGUAAGAUUCAAAACACCUGCGGGAAUCUACACCAUCAACACACAUCACUUAGUCCAAGCCACGGGUAUCGGUUCACAGAGGCCCAACAUGCCCAUAAUCAAAGACGCACACAUCUAUCCAGGGAUCAAAAUCCACUCGAAACAAUACAAAAACGCCAACCAGCUGCGAGACCAAGGUGUCGACACCGUUCUCAUCAUUGGCUCAGCAAACACGGCAUUCGACAUCCUCGAAGAUUGUCACAAUUCCGGGCUCAAAACCACCAUGAUCGUACGAUCCCCGACAUACAUCUGCCCUCUCCAGUACGUGACAAGUAAACUUGGUCUCGGCGCUUACGAUGAUGGAGUCGAAGCAGCUGAUCAGCGCUUCAUGACCAUUCCAACAGUCCUAGAUGGCCAGCUUGCUAGAGAUCUAUUCAGACACUUCGCUUCGCUUGAACCAGACCGCUAUUCAGAUCUAGCUGCUGCAGGAUUCCCUGUGUACGAUAGCCAAGAUCCCAAAGCUGCGUUGGUAGCAAACUUACUCGAAACUGGGGGAGGUCACUACAUUGAUACCGGAGCGACCUCAUUGAUAGCCGAGAAAAAAGUAGGUAUCAAAGCCAACGUCGAACCAACAGUAUACACUGCUACCGGACUGCAGUUCUCAGAUGGCAGCACCCUCGAUGCUAAUGCUGUGAUCUGGUGCACUGGAUACUCAGACAAGAAUGCGCGAGAUACAGCCAGUGAGAUAUUCAAGACUGAGAUACCUGUUGAUGCGACCUGGGGACUGGAUGAGGAGGGCGAGAUUCGUGGGAUGUGGAAAAGGCAUCUAAGAGUGGAGAAUUUUUGGGUUGUGGGUGGGUAUACGUCGCUUCAUAGGUGGCAUUCGAGGACGUUGGCGUUGCAGAUCAAAGCUGCUUUGGAGGGCGUGCUUCCUCCUGCUUAUCGGGAUGCGCCUGAAUGUACGGGUGCAUAAGCUAGGUCUCUCAAAAGUAGUAACCCUUACUAGAGUCUCUUAACAUGGCAGACCAUUCGUUUGAAUUAUUCUCUUGGAGAAAUAAAAGAGGCGGUGGUUCUGAGCCGGAAGUCGCGAGGGCGACCUUGACUUUAGUCCAGAUCACAAAGACGGCUUUUGUUGCGUUGAGUGCUCGUCUCGGACCUCCUCAAACUUUAUUUUAAAAACAACACCUUACAAGCCUUGCUAGAAAAC